AUGGCUUGCUGCUACAUCGCGGCUUUCUGCGUCGGGCAGCUGGUCAAAGCAUGUCAAUUCCUCGACCUGGACAAGACGAUUCGGUACAACGACGACGACGAUGAAGCGCUCGAGUUCUCGGACGGAAUCACGGCGGCGGAGCGGAUGGAAUCUCGGGGCGAGCGGCAAUCAACAUCAACAUCAGUCCUGGUUCUUUCGCUGUCGGGAAUGACUUGCUCCGCGUGUUCCAACUCUGUCGAGUCGGUGCUGAACAGCCAUCCAGACGUCGACAAGGCGCGAAUAUCCCCGACGCUGCAGCAGGCCACCGUCAUCGGGAAGACGCCAACUCUCGACAAGGAGUCCAUAAAAAGAGCUGUGGAAGAUCUGGGGUAUGGUGUAGAGUUGGGACCGCGCUCGCCGCAGGAGAUCAUCGGCGUGCUCAAGUCGAAAGAGGACGUUGCCCGACUACAGUCCAGCUUCUCUCAGCUCUCUCGCGGUGCCCUUGCCAUUCAAAUCGCCACCUUUCCGCUGUCUAGACUUGGUCGGAGCUGGAUCUCUGUGGGUAUCCUGGGCAUAGUACACUGCUUUUGCCUCUCGUUGGCCCUGUUUGCGCAGUAUCGCUACAUCGGCUGGAUUCAUGCAGAUGGAUGGAAGUGGAUUCGCCGAGGUGCUGGGCAACCCAACAUGAACACGCUGAUUUCUUCUUCCAUCCUCUUGGGUUUAUUAUCGUCCGUCAUCGACUUACUUGCUCGAGGCGCUUUGAAGGCCACCCCAUACUACAGCACAACCAUAGGCCUUGCUCUGGUCGUGGUUGCCGGUAGAUAUCUGGAUACCAUGUCUCGCCGAAGUGCGUCAGAAGAUCUAAUCAAGGUAUAUAAACCGCUCCUGGACACCCAGUUUACAAAGAUUCAUCCAACGGGACAACUCGUACCCUCAACGUUCCUACGACCUGGCGACCAAAUAAUCAUCACGCCCUUUUCAGUCAUCCCUUGUGAUUGCUAUGUCACCAUGGGCUCGUCGUCAGUCAACCAAGCCAUCGUCACGGGCGAGUCUAUGCCGGUGAAGAAGGCAGCUGGAGAUUUCCUACUUGGCGGCACUCGAAAUCUCGGUAAAGAGUUGGUAUGUACCGUUCACAAGGAGCAAGGACACUCAUUCUACGCUCAACUAGUCAAUAGUGCCGUCGAGGCGUCUGGAUCCAAGACUCAAGAACACCAAAGUUUAGACACCAUCAUCGAGUACUUUGUCCUGGGCGUCAUUUUACUCUCCAUUUUUGCCCCGGCAGCUGACCGUUACCGGUCCAUUGGAUCCAUCUCUGCCUAUGCAUCGUUCCGCCUUGCCGUUGAACGGUCCAUGGCAAUUUUGACAUGCGCAUGCCCUUGCGCGCUGGGAUUGGCGAUACCGUCCGCCACUGUCGCGGCAAUAAAUGCUGCGAGUCAAAAGGGCAUUAUGAUAUCCGGCGGUUUCCCCACGAUUCAAAAACUUUGGGACAUGGAGACGGUUGUUUUCGACAAGACGGGAACGUUGACGCGUGCAACACUCGAAGUUUGCAAUUUGACAACAUCGAAUGACUGGUCCAGCAAAAACACCGACUUGUGGACCUAUGUGUGCGCGGUCGAGGAGCAGAGUGUCACCACGCAUCCCAUCAGCAGAGCCAUAUUCUCCGCUGGAGUCAAGUAUAUGGAGGCUCCGUGGCCCGUCACCAAGUCCUUCACACAGACUCGAAAAAUGGCAUACGAGUCUGGAAAAGGCGUGUCGGGUGAGGUGAUGAUACAACAGCAACCUUGGCGACAUGUCAUCGUUGGCAGCUUGCGCUACUUACGGUCGAGUGACGUUGAUGGGCUUCCUGACGACCCUCGACACCAGGAUCUGGGGGUGAUUGUAGUUUACGUUGGUAUUGACGGCGUAUAUGCCGGAAGUUUACUCAUUACGGACACAAUUAGAGACGAUGCAAGGUCAACAAUUGUGCGGCUAAAAUCGAUGAAAUACGAUUGCAAACUGCUCACUGGUGAUGUUCCUCAAUCCGCGCAUCGAGUCUGCGAGGUUGUCGGGAUCCCCUUGCUUGCAUCGGAAGCGACACCUCACGACAAGUUGAACCUCGUCAAGUCUCUCCAAGACGACGGAAAUGUAGUCGCCAUGGUUGGAGAUGGACUGAACGAUGCCCCCAGCUUGGCGGCAGCCGACGUCGGCAUCGCGUUAUAUCACGAAGCGGCGUCACCUACAGCUGGUGCAUCUGUUAUGAUUCUCAACUCUCGUUUGGAAUCAAUCCUGGUAUUACUCGAGAUUGUGCGGCAAACUGUGCAGCAGGUCCGAGUCAACCUGCUGUGGGUAUUCGGAUACAACCUUUUUGCCCUGAGCAUGGCAAUUGGCCUCAUUCAACCCUUUGGGGUGGUUCUAACUCCGCCAUUAGCAGCGACUCUCAUGUCGUGCUCAUCCAUGGUUAUUACCCUUAACAGUCUCAGGUUGCGAAGUAAACUAGCCGCUUUGGAUAGCUAG